UUGUGUGUGAUUCACGGGAAUAUGUCGCGUGGGUGUCAUGGUGACGGUGAUGUCGUGGUGAUUUCAUUGGCUACGCUAGGACUGAUGUAAAAUUUUUCCCGCCACCCCGCAGCCUCUUUUUCCUCCUCUGCCGUUCACCAGACCUCAUGCCAUCCUAAGCGGACCCGCACCGACAAGCCCACCACCCUGCUGAAAUCGCCUCCACAUUUACCUGUUCUACACCAGAAUCGGCCGCCGGCGAGCCAUCCCCGUCUUCCACGUCUCCAACCGAGCCCCACCCUCUCACACUCGAACACCCAAUACCGGCGAAACCCCAGGCCGAUCCAGCCACACCUUCCGCCCUCGCAGCCAAGUCUGGUGGCCACCGCCGUCUGCGCCGUCAAACAGACCACCUCUCUCGACCAUCUUCACGUGGAGUGCCACCAAAUUGUUAGUUGUCAUCUCAACAAGAAUUGCUACUUGUUGACCCUAACGAAAUGAUGGAUCUGGAAAAGAAGCUGCAGAGUCCAAGGUUGUUUAGAAGCUCAGUUGAGACCGAGGUUGAUUCUCAAUACUUAUGUCAGUUCACGAUGCUUCUUAUGGACACAGUUGAGGAAUUAACAGUGAAAGUUUCACAGAUUGAGUUUGUUUGCCGUCAGCACUUUCCAGAUCUUCAAACAUUAUCACAAACUAUACAGAAAAAGAUUUUAGGUUUCAAGAAAACUGAAGAUCUGGAGUGGGGGAAGAGAGAGGAUCAUCUCUUAAAACAGAUAGAGGAACUCCAAUCUGAAAGGACGCAUGCUCAAGAGCAAAUCACACAAUUAAAUGCAUCUUUACAAGAAAGUUGGAAAAAAAUUGCGAACAAAGAGCAAUCACUGAACCGAUGUCAACUCGAGAAGAAAGAACUCUUGGAACAGCUUAUGCAGAAAGUCAAUGAAAAUGUUAAAGUGAAGGAGCUUGAAAAAGACCUACUGCAACAGAUAAAAUUGAAAGAUCAAAAAAUUGAAGAGGAGCUGAGCAAAAAGAAAAGUUUGUUUGAGGAGUGCAAUAAACUGAAAACAAAUUACAAACAUUUGAAAUCUCAAUAUAAUUUUCUUAUAAGCAGGCUUGGCAAUGCUAAAUCAGACAGUCGUCAUUCAGACAUGAUGUCGGAAGAUGAAAAUGGAACAGCAAGUAGUUGCCUGAAAAAGAGAUGCAAUGAAGAUAUGAAAAACGAUGUUCAAGAGGUACCCCUGCAUGCGUCCAAGCUAACUAAAUCAAAGAUUGAUGUAGCCCAUCGAAAAGAAAUUGCGUUUGGUCACAUUACUGAAUCAAAAAAGGAUUCAGAUGCUGGUUCCUGCUCCAAUAUAUCAAUCAAACAAGGUCUUAUCUCAUCAAAACUUCCUUUGAAUGUUAAAAAAGAGGCACCGAGCAGCCCGAAGCCAGCUGCUUCACUUUGGAGAGAUACCAGGUCACGUCAAGAACUCAAAGAUGGAGAUCCACAUGAUGAUUUUUUCAAUACUCCCUUAGAAAAUGUGCGAAAUUUGAAUAUGAAUCUCCUAGAAGUAAAUGUCAAUCCCAUUGUUUCUGAUAAAGAUGUGGAUGGUGAUUGUUCAGAUGAGGAUGUUCUUGACUUAAACUCCGAAACUAUGCCCGAGAGGUGCCCAAUAUCAAUGGUUGGGCCAUCAAACAAGGGUUUUAAAUAUGUGGAGCCUGUUAGGAGGAAAUCUGAAAGGGAGAACCUCAAAGGAAUUGAGUGCCAGCAAUGCAAGAAGUUCUAUGAUGCAGUUCUUCCCGAUGGAGGCAAAGCAGCUAAUACUAUGCGUUGUGAGCAUCAUGACGGCGUUUCUCGGCAUCGCUACAGGUAUGCGCCACCAUUGACACCAGAAGGUUUCUGGAACAUUGGAUUUGAUUCAGAUUUGUAAAGCUUCAAAGGUACUACUUUAUUGCUCAUACAGUUCUUGAUCUUUUUUCUUAAUCAGGCUUUGUAAGUUCAUAUGUUUUUAAUUGAAUUUUAUUGCAAAGCACUGUACGCAAAUGGGAUUUUAUGCGGAAAAUCUAAAUAUACUUUAGUUGAGU